AUGAAUGAGGAAAUAAAUACCGAUGAUGAGAGUGGUUUGAGGUUGGUUCCUACUUUGAACAUGUGUUUUGACACAAUGCAAGAAGCAAAGAAAUUUUAUUCUGACUAUGGGAGAAGAUGUGGAUUUGGCGUUCGAACGAGAACUUCAAAAAGGGAUGGCAACAACAUAGUGUAUUACUUGAGAUUGGUAUGUUCUAGGGAAGGUAAAUAUGUUUCCAGCAUUCGUCCAGAGGUCAAAACUCUUCCCAGUCAAACUAAUCAAUGCCCUGCUGGAAUAACCAUUGCACGAAAAGAUGAGAAAUGGUUUGUUAGGACUGUAGUUUUAUAUCACAGUCAUGAGCUGUGUCCACAAACCUCCAAUCUAAUCCGUGGUAAUAGGCAAUUGAACAUGCAUGCCAAGCACACUUUGGAAGUGAAUGAUGAUGCCGGUGUACGUAUUAAUAAGAGUUUCCUUAGCAUAGUUAGUGAAGCGGGUGGAUAUGAAAACAUGCAAUUUGUGGAGCGAGAUGCUAGGAACUUCAUUGGUCAACAUAGAAGGUCAUUGUGUAAGGAAGGUGAUGGACAAGCAUUGCUUCGGCACUUUUCAAAAAUGAGAGACCUAAAUAAUGAUUUCUUUUAUGACAUCGAGAUGGAUGAAGAUAAUAGAGUUACUAGUGUAUUUUGGGCAGAUGCUCGAAGCCGAGCUGCAUGUGAGGAGUUCGGUGAUGUCGUGUCGUUUGACACCACUUAA